AUGGGCGCUGCCGGGGUCUCGGGGGUGCAACCGCAUUAUGGUAUUCAUACCUUAGUUGGAGUUUCUGCAGCGAUUGGAGCCAUUCAAAUUGUCUUUGUUGCCGCGAGAUUCUACACUCGGUUCAUGCAGCGGAUAAAGUUUGGCGUGGACGAUUACCUGAUUUUACUUGCCCUGACUGCAAGCCUAGCAAGAUCAGUUAUUUAUAUUGUCUUGACCAAAGCCGGCAGCAUCGGAUAUCACAUCGACUACAUCACUCAGAUGCCCGAUAAAGUGCUGCUCAUGAGGAAGUGCAUUGUGGCCCUUCAAGCUCUCGAUUACCCCCUCACCGCAACACCCACCAAAUUGGCCCUACUAGUGUUCUAUCUGCGCAUUUUCACCACCCGCAAGUUUCGCAUCCUCGUCUAUAUAGUGGGGUCGUUGGUACUUGUAGUGGGAAUUGGUGCUCUUCUCCAAGAUUUUUUCCAAUGUCGACCCUUCGUAUAUGCAUGGGAUCGAAGCAUCCCCGGUGGGACCUGUGUUCGUCUACUGGAAUCCUACCGAGUAUUUGCUCCACUCAACGCUCUCACCGGAAUCUUGAUCCUUGUGAUGCCCAUCCCGGUGGUGUGGAAGUUGCAGGCACCUCGAGGGCAGAAACUUGCUUUGACGGGUGUUUUCCUCCUAGGUGGACUGUGA